CCCGGACACACAAACCAACAUCACACAACUAGUGGUGAUGAAGACCCCCCUGCUGCGUCGCCUCAUGUGACCUUGUCUCAGCCAAAAAGUUGCACAUGAACACAACACGACCAACCAGCACAAUAACUGUCUACACAAGCAGACGGCGGUCGUCUGUAUUGUCAUCCAAGAAGGGAAACAGGAAGAGCGUCUUGAUGCUAGUUAGCCAGUUAGCACGUGAACAACACGCUAUUAUUUAGGGACGGACUCAGCCGUGGCCGAGUCAACAUACUGAAUCUGUGGAAAAUAAAGCCAGUGGAGUCCAACUAGUGAGACACACAACAAAAACUAGGAUGACAGACACUGACUGACUGACGGCCCAACUUUGACCAACGACUGUCCAUCACAACUUAAAUUCAACUAAAUAGAAAUGCUGAAAUUCGUCUGGUCUUUUUUGUGUUCAACACAUUUUGACUUGUUUAGGACUUGGGACUUGACUUUGGACGUGCCUGUAUUGUCUUGGAACUUGUCUUUCUUGCCUCGUGACUUGUCUGUAUUGACUUGGGACUUGUCUGUAAUGACUCGGGAAUUUACUGACUUAACUUGGGACUUGACUUGUCUGUCUUGAUUCGGGAGUUGACUGGCUUGACUCGGGACUUGUCGGACUUGAGUUGGGUGUUGAGUGUAAAGACUUGUGACUUGUAGAACAAUGACUCAGUCCCUCCUCUAGUCUGUGACCUGCUGACAGGUCUGGGUAGAGGGAUGUCCUCCAUUCUGUGAGUUGUUGAGUUUGUGGAAACUUAAUAAACUAAAUAUGACGUUGUAUCUUUCAUUGCUGCUCAGCAACAGUAAUUUAGGGAGGCGGGGCCUAGCGAAGACUGAGUGAUCGCGAGAACACUAAUGUUCGCGAGACUUGCUUUUGACAACAGACUCCACCAGAGAUCAGGACCAGAGACAGAGGAACGGAAUGGAGGAGGACAAGAGAAGACAAGCAGCAGGCUCGUCCUCUGAUAGCAGCGAUGCUGAGAAACAGGGAGGAGGCGACAAACUCAAGCCUCACCGCUGUGUGUUUUGUGACAAAUCCUUCGCAUUACCCAGAACUUUAUGGGUUCAUCUAAGAGUUCACAAUGGGGUGAAACCAUACAAGUGUGACCUCUGUGAGAAAGCUUUCACCACUCAGGGUCAACGAAAGAUCCAUCGACGUAUUCACACCGGAGAGAAACCGUACAGCUGUGAUCUGUGUGGGAAAUCUUUCACCACUGGAGGCCAACAAAGAAGGCAUCAAUACGUGCACACUGGAGAGAAACCGCACAGCUGUAACCAAUGCGGGAAAACUUUUGGUGUGGCGGCUCAUCUAAAUGCUCACCUACGUAUUCACACUGGAGAGAGACCGUACAUGUGUGACCAAUGUGGGAAAUGUUUUCACUCCAGUGGCUAUCUGAAAGUCCAUCAGCGCAGUCAUACGGGAGAGAAACCAUACAGCUGUGACAAGUGUGAGAAAGCUUUCAUCACUGUAAGUCAACUAGAAGCUCACAAACGUGUUCACACUGGAGAGAGACCUUUUGUUUGUGGCUACUGUGGGAAAGCUUUUGCUGUUCAAGGAACUUUAGACAAACACCAACGUUCACACUUAAGAGAAACAACUGAGGUGUGAACAAUGGGGGAAAAGGUUUUCUCACAGUGGCUACCUUAAAGUCCACCAACGCAUUCAUACAGGAGAGGAACCAUACUAGGAGUUUAAUAAUUUAAUUUAAUUUAAUUUAAUGAUCAACAAUAUAGUAUCAGCGAUACCGUGAAGACAUCGGAGCACAUCAUUAUUAUUAGAAUACACUUUUAUUUUGAUAGUCUGUGUUACCAUCAAACAGCAGCAGGCAGAAAAUGCUGUGCAGCCAAGAGAAAGACAACGAGAAUAAUGUUAUUUACUCUGGAAUAAAUCAGCAGUGUGGAAAUAAUUUGGAUUAUGGAGAAAAUAUAGGUCAUCAGACAACGAACACGCCAUAUGCAAACAACAAUGUUAUGUGAUAAAACAUGACGUACCUGCCUGGACAGGCAUCUGACCCUCGGUUUCAACAGUGCCAGGCUGGAAUUCAACAGCUGUUCUGUCAGGAGAUUCUAUGACUUAAACCAAUGACGAAAAGAAAAAGUACAAAUAAUAUGUUUUUGUAAAAAUUAUGAGUAGGGGAAAAGUCCGCGAGCUGCAAGGCUAGUUUAUGCAAUUUAGAAAUGCUUGAAGUAAUAAUGGCGACUAGUGAAAAUAUUUUACAUGUCUCUGAACCUUGACAGUUACUACUUAGCUGAAUUUUGUGUUUUUGUUGAAUUAUCUUGUUUUAUGGCCGUUAGGAGACGUUUGUGAAGUCUGAGGAAGAGUUGGAGUUUCUAAACGGGAGCUGAUCCGUGUGCGGACCUAUUUGUUUUCUACGUUGUUUAGAGAAGUUUGUCUUCGGGGCUUUAAGCCACAUAGCUCUGAAGUUUUAUGAAACAGAGGAUGGUUUGGGUUCAAAUGAAAAGAUGUUUUCCAGAAAGGUCUCUCUCUCUUGUCGGUGUGUUAGUGGAAUCAACUUAACUGCACUGAAACAUUUAUUUACAUUAUUAAUGUGUUGUUUUUGUUUUUAGCGGCUGAAAGUAAAUGUGGAAGGGAUGACGGUAGUGAUGGUCAAAUGAAGCCUCAUGAACCAUUUUCUUUAUUUUCUGACUCCACCAGAUGGCGCUCUUGUUUUAAAGGCUGAAGGAAAGGCAAUGAGGUGAGCUUUCAAACCUUUGUUGAACAGACAGCGCCAUCCAGUGGCUUCAGAAAAUAAAGACAGCGGUUCACGAGGCCUCAUUUGGCCAUCACUAGAUGACGGCACUUUCCGUCACCAGUUAUGUUAACUGAUUUGAUGAUAUUGUUUCAUAUUGAUCGCAGGCCCCUGAAUUGAAUAAAAUCAAAUUGAAAUUGUAUUGUGGCAGAAGGUUUAAUGUCGUCAAAUACCAUAUUGUUGCCCAAAGAAUCGAUAAAAUGUCGUAUCGUGAUGAAACCAGUGAUUCACACCAUUAGCGGCCAUUUAAUGCUCAACGUUAGAUGCGUACACAGGCAGAGCCUCCUGUCCGUACUCUGCGUUAAUUUCAUUAGUAUUUGUGAAGGUUUUCGGAAAGCUUACAGAUUUGGAUGAAACGCAGCAGAACCAGCGGCAAUCAUGACGGCAGUGUAGGCUGCCUGGAGAUGACGAAGACAUUUAGAAAUGGAGGAACGGAACAAAUUGGUAAUAUAGUGAGACGAAUAUUCCGUCCACAUGUUGUGAUGCGUUUAAUGACCUCACAGAGCACCACCUUGGAAAACAUAGAAAGGUUAUGGAAUUUCAUAAUCUCAUUUUCCAGGCCUGGAAAAUCAUUGAAAGUUUUGGAAAACUCAAGAAUUUUCUUGCCUGUGAUGAAGUUAAUUGUUACAGUAAUCUUCUGGCGAUAACCUUUGUCAUGUGACAUAACUGAAUUUAUUUUCUGUAAGUCAGACGCUGACAUAACGAAGCUCUAUGUGUGCAGAAAUGUACCGUAACCAUGCCGACAGGUGCAGCAGACACAGUGAGGUUCAUUAUAUGAGGUCCUUGAAAGGUUGUGGAACAGUUUUGAAAUGUGUGUGAACUCUGCUCUGUUUAAAGGAGCAUUAUUAUGACCUCCUCCACCGUCGCCUCGUUUGCUGUUGUUUAAACUUCUGACUCCGCCCCCUGCUGCCAUCUAUUGGCUGAAUCUAUGACAUCAUAAAGGACGCAGUGAUGAUGUUCGCCUGUCCAUGAAAGAUUCAGAUUUACCUCCAAGGUUUUUGUCUCCACUGUCACUGUCUUUGCCUGUUUGUUUUUUUUUUAUUGUAAUCUAUUACUCCAAACUUAGUAAUUCUACACUUCCUGUUGAUUGUGAACCCUAACCAGGGACAGUGGUCACACAUUAGUCAUGGCUGGAAACCUGUUUACAUCACAUCUAGUUUGUAGUCUUCAUGUGAAGCAAUGUGUUAUGCAUUUGUCAAAUAAAGAAGUGUUGAGAUCA